UCUGGUUGGUAACAGAUGUCAAAACCUGAAGUUGUGAGUACAGUCACUGUUUACGCACUUGGAAACAUGAUUGAGAUUGGGACUGUAAGAUAACAUUCUUUUCUGAAUCGACUCUGUUAGUGGGCUUUUUACAAGGAGAUCUCCAUUGGUCUAUUGUUAUGAUGAAGACCUCAACAUCAAUGGCAGCUAUAUCUGAACAGUCAUCAGAGUUCCAGAUCAGUUUUUCUUGUCUCAUAAUGUAACUCAGACUCUAACAAGUUUUAAAGGCUGUAAACUAAACAUUGCCAGGAAUCUCAAAUUAACUGUUGAAUCUAACCAGGAGACAAAGUUUGGAGGAGUCAUUAUGUUUGUAAACAUGCAUAGAAUCAGAAAAUGCCAAGUUCUACAGAUAAUGAUAAUGUGCUUUGCUACCUCGAUGAUCAUGGUGUACUGGGAACAGCUUGACAAUAAAAUUGUGACCCAUGUAAAGUCUAACACAUACCGCUACCUUCUCAAUAGCUUCAAGUUCAUUAAUGCAAGCUUUAGAAUCAGUCCUGAAGAGGCUAUAAAGUAUAGCAAUCAUAAAUACAUAAUAAACCAAGAAAGGAAAUGUGGUACAAGAGACAUUAUGCUCUUGCUAUUUGUUAAAAGCUCCACUGAGAACUUUGGGAGAAGGCAGGCAAUUCGUUCUACUUGGGGAAAUGAGGUGUACAUUGAAAGGACACUGGGUGUUACGGUAAAGGUGUUGUUUGCUCUGGGCCUUCAUUCUGAACCACAGCAGAGAAGAAAACUUCAGCAGCAAUUGUUCUUUGAGGACCACAUAUAUCAUGACCUUAUCCAGCAGGACUUCAUAGACUCUUUCCACAAUCUGACUAUCAAGCUUCUUCUGCAGCUUGGCUGGAAAGAAACCUACUGCCGUCAUGCCCAUUUCCUCAUGUCUGCGGAUGAUGACGUCUUUGUCCAUAUUUCCAACAUAAUUCACUAUUUGCAAGGGAUUGCCCACAGUAAUGUCAAAGACCUUUGGAUAGGAAGGGUGCACCGUGGAUCCCCACCGGACCGAGACAAAGAGAGUAAGUACUAUGUGUCCCGAGAUAUGUACCCAUGGUUUUCUUACCCAGAUUACACCCCAGGGUCUGGAUAUGUCCUCUCCAAAGAUGUGGCUACCAAAAUCUAUCAGGUUUCACUCACCUUAAAUGCUUCCCUUCACAUUGAUGACGUCUUUCUUGGGAUCUGUGCCAAAAUGUUGGGCAUCUCUCCCAAGGAUCAUGUGUUUUUCUCAGGGGAGGGAAAAGCCCCUCAUCACCGUUGUAUCUACAACCAGAUGAUGACUUCACAUGGACAUGUAAGGGACAUCCAUGAAUUGUGGAAGCUUGCAACAGAACAUGACGUUGGUCAAAUGUCCUCAGGACUAUUUUGGAGGCUCUACUGUACCAUGGUGAAAGUGAGGCUCCUAUGUAUACCAUUUUCUUCUAUCUCGUACCCAUGCAUGGCAGCUUUUUUGACAUGAAAAUGUAUUGAAACUUAAAGGAAAAACUCUAUUCUACCCUUAAUUUGUUGUACUGUAUAUGUAUCCAGAAAGUCCUGGUCCUAUUUUACUCCAAAAUUAAAAGAAACAAUUAAGAAAUUAUAUUUUGUUUAUAGAAAGUAAGGCCUAUUUAACGUCCAUUAAUUUAUUUUUACAUUGUGACAUUAUUCUCAUGACAGUUGAGAACAUUUUACCCUCCAGUUCUCAUUACCGCAAAAUGAUAAAAGAUGGUCAUUACAAUAUUCUCAUUACCGCAACAUGCUAAAAAAUUAUAUUCAAAUUGUAACGUAUUUAUACAUCAGAGUAGUACUCUUUUGGUACUGCCUUACAUUUUUGCUGAUUUUAAUAAUAAUAAAAACAUUGUACAACAGCAUUUUUAACUUAUUUUGACAGAGAACUGGCUAAUCUAAAGGGAAACUGGCUCCCCCAGCUGAGGCCGAUUUCGUCCAAGUUUUUUUCUUUCUUUUUUCUCCAUUAACAUCUGAUGGAGUUUUCGCUUCCUUGCUACAGUUGUCUUUGGCUUGCUCACUGACACAUCAUUUUUAAUCAUGUUUUUCAUUUACACUGCUCAGUGAGGACUUCAAGACAUUACAGCAUCAUUUUCUGUAAAGCUGCUUUGAAACUACUUGUUGUGAAAUGCGCUAUACAAAUAAAAAUGUACUUGACUAUUACAGUAGAAAAAUUACAAUGUUAUGGUAAUGAGAAUAAUCAUUGCAAAAAAAUAGGAACAAUAAAAGUACAGUAAAGAGAACUGAGGGGCUAUGUGUGCUUAAGUGUCCUGAAAAUAAUGCAAAAAAUCUUAAUGAUCCUAAACAUAAUACUACAGUAAAUGUUCUCAAAUUAAUCUAAAUGAAAUAACUUUCUUGGUUGGAAAAAGCUGCACCAUGACAUAUUUGAGGCCACAUGUGCUUUUUCAGCAAAUGUGAUCCCUUGGGUCCUUUGGUUAAAAUAGACACUUUCUGAUACAGAAAAUUCAUUGUAUAUGCAAUUAGCAGGAAAUAAUAUUUUUAAUGCCUUAUAAUAAACUUAAAAACAUAAGAGAUCAUGUGGCGCUUCCAGUAAGAAUUUUUGCCAGAUUAAAUAUACUCUAGAUAUCAGAAAUUUGACACUUUUUUUUUUUUUUUUAUACAAAGCUGUAGAGUAAUUUUGAGUCUUUGCAAUUAGCCUGUCAAAAACACCACCCUAGCAUACCAAACUUUCUUCUCCCUUGAGGUUGAUGCAGGUCAACCUCAAGUGACCAAUGAGUCAAGCUGUCAAGAGACAUUCACUGUCAGUUAUAGGGUUUGAUUGCAAUGGGCUGCAAACUGUUAACAGUACAAAGUGGUUUUAAAUACUGUAUUGCUGCAUGCCUAUUAAAAUUGUUUGCUUUAUUGAAUUUAUAGAAUGUCUUUGUAUUUGCUUCCUUUACAGCAGUGUAGAUUACAUAUUUUCAUGUCCAGAAAAUGAAUUAAAGAUUAGCUUGUAUUAAUGUUGUCUUUUUGACUAACUAGUGGGGCGUAUAUGCCCCAGACUGUGCACUGUUAAUGUAAUUCAUUACAUUCCCGAAUACAAGGAUAUGAACUAAUGUUUAGCUAUGAAAAUUUCUAGUAGGCCUAUUUACUAUUUAGGGAUCAUGUUACAUCCUGAUGUGCCAAAUCACUCUCAAACAGACCAUCAAUCAGUACAAAAAAAACACCAAGCUCAAAAGUAUUGAAAACCUGGGGUUUAAUUUGAAAGAAGUGAUUGAGGCAACAGGCAAAGUGAGUGCCAACAUAAUAUUUGAUUAACCCUUGUGCUGUUUACAUUUUGUACGUAAUUUGGUGUUCCCGGUCAAAAAUGACCAGCCUUUAAAAAAUUUUUAUAAAUCUCUCAUUAUGCUAUAUUAUCACCAAAUAUUAGAUUAGACCCUAUUGCCAACUUUUCUUUCAAUUAGCACAGGUUUUGUAUUUUCUUUUUGGAACUUAUUGAUCAUAGGCCUCACUGACCUGACUUAUGCACCUCCAUUUUUGAGUGAAAAAAGCAUUAUUUAUGGAUAAUAUGAAAACAUUCUGUACUAUUUAUCACACUAGUGUGCUUUAAUGUUUAACCAGGAAGAUUGAUUUGAAAUGCUUUUAUUUUGUACAAAAUGGCACAAAGUCACACUUGUGGUGUUCCCGGUCAAAAAUGACCGGCCUAUAAAAAUUGCUUAUAAAUCUCUUAUUAUGCUAAAUUAUCACCGAAUAUUGGAUAACAUCUUUUUGCCAACUUGUUUUCUUUCAAUUAGCACAGGUUUUGUAUUUCUUUUUGGAACUUAUUGAUCAUAGGCCUCAUUGACCUACGCUAAUGUGCAUCCGUUUUGUUGUGAAAAAAAGAGAAUUAUUUGUGGAUCAUUUUGGCAAUAUUAAAUAAUGAAAACAUUCUGUACUAUUUAUCACACUAGUGUGCUUUAAUGUUUAACCAGGAAGUUUGUUUUGAAAUGAUUUUAUUUAGUAAAAAAUGGCACAGUCACACUUCUGGUGUUCCCGGUCAAAAAUGACUAGCCGUUGAAAAUGAAUGGGGGAGAUCAAAAAAAAAAAAAAAAAGAGAAAUUUUAAGUGUUCAAGAGCAUGUCCAUGUUCACAUGUGUUUGCAAACAUAAAGGCCUCGGACCUGUGCACACACACACACGUUCACGUACAAACUGAGUAUUACAUGCUUACUUUUUCACAGAGAUCAACUUUAUCCUAACCUGAACUGUAUCCAACACUACCAAACAACAGAACUGUCUUUGACCCCCAGUGACCCCUCUCCAAUAGAAUCUUUCUUUCCUCAAACAUUGUUUUAAAUGCAGAGCACACAUUUGCAAGGCACAUGCAAAAAGCUAGUCAGUCAUGUGGAUGAGAACACAAAACCACCAGGUGUUCGUUGAUUUGGUUUGUUUAGAAAAUAUAACAGAAAUAUGAAGUGUUGGCAUUUUUGUUCCAUGAAAUGUCUUUCAUAUGACAGUGUUAAUGUGUAAAUGGUCUGAGGACAGUUUUUUUUUUUUUUUAAAUCACAAUGGUCAGAUUUGUAUAUAAAAGUCCUGUUUUUUGUGAUCUUCCCCAUUCAUUUUCAAUUGACAGUCAUCUUUGACAGAAACACUACAAUUCUAUUGGAGGGAUCACUGUGGGGCAAAGACAGUUCUGGUGUGUGUGGUAAUGUUGGAUGAAUUGAUGUUCAAUGCAGUUCAGGGUAAGAAAGUUCAUCUCUGUGAAAAAGAACAACUUCCUGCUUAAACAUUAAAGCACACUAUUGUGAUAAAUAGUACAGAAUGUUCUCAUAUUUUAAUACUGCCAAAAUUAUGAACAAAUAAUUCUUUUUCACUCAAAAACAGAUGUGCAUUGGCUCAGGUCAAUGAAGCCUACGAACAAUGUUCCAAAAACAAAUACAAAACCUGUGCUAAUUGAAAGUAAACAAGUUUUUGACCAGGAACACCAAAAGAGUAAUAAGGUGUCAAUUCCUGUAUGGUCAAUUAAGAAAUGGAUUCCGAUUAUUCUAUAUAUGUUAUUUAACUGAAACUACAAUUAUAUGGACUAUGUUCAACUAUUUAAUAUUUAAACAUUUAGCAGACACUUCUAUCCAAAUCAAACACAUUUAAGGUAUACAUUUUAGUGCCCUGCUCUACCACAAGAUCAACUCUGUGUACCAAACACACAAGACAACAAUUCACGGACAGGAUCAAUCACAAUCCUUUUUGUCAAAUGGGCCAAAAGCUAGAUGGAACGUUUAAGACCCAACUUUGAAGACUUCACAAAAUAGCAGUACUUCAUAAAAACAAUUUAUAAUUAAAUUAACAUUCCACAAACAACUAAAAAGUGCCUUUAUAUUACUGAAAAGAUAGGUGAAGUGAACCAAGUUAAACUGCAUACAUAUGUUAGCAUAACAUAAUUGGCAGACUUGAUGCAGCACUUGUAUCUUUUAGUCCACAAGUAAAUGACUAAACGAUGAAGAACAUCGAACACACACAUUUUGUACAUACUAGUGAAAUACCACAUAAAGAAUAGAUGUAAAGAACCCAUGUUUUGUAAACACCACCAGCAAAAUACUGAUAUAGUUGGAGUCUACAACUGUCCACACAGAGAGUCACGUAUUGAAUUCGCAAGUCAGAUCCGAGGUCAGCAUUUAAGAGAGUAGCUUUUUUUUUUUUCCCCUUCCAAUAAAAUAAGCACAAAUGGUACGA